AUGGUCCUUUCGCACCGACCAUUAUCAGAGCCAUGGAUCAAAAACUGGUUCAUCACAGCAGCACUAUUAAUCGCCUUCUUGUAUUGUGCUGAGGCUUACGUCCCUGUGGGUCCUCCUGCUAUGCCGAAACCAUCCAGCCCUCAUUUUAGCUCUGGUCCUACCAAAAAGCGUCCGGGCUACGACCUUGCGAAACUUCCCAUCGAUACUCUGGGUCGUUCACACCGCUCUAGUGAAUGCCUGGGACGUAUACAACGCGCGUUGGAGCUGACGAGGGACAUUUUGGGUAUCCCUGGAGAAUUUCGACUGGCGUUGUUGCCUGGGGGGGGGGACACAGGGGCUUUCGAAGCCGCGCUGUGGUCUUUGGUGGGCACGAAGGGAGUCCCCGUCCAAGCUUUGGUCUGGGAAGCAUUCGGUCAAGGUUGGUACGACGACUUGACGACUCAAUUAAAAGUGGAGGAGGUGGAGCUGGUCUCGGCGCCCUAUGGAGAGCUCCCGGACUUGUCCCAAGUGAGCGCGGGAGAGAACGACGUCUGUUUUGUUUACAACGGGACCACCAGUGGCGUCUGUCUUCCUGACGAUGGAGCACCCUGGAUCCCUCCUUCUGGUGCAGGAAAGGGUCGUGGCCUAACUUUGUGCGAUGCUACGUCGGCGUGUUUUUGCAUGCCGUUGCCCUGGGAAAAAUUGGACGUAACCACUUUCUCGUGGCAGAAGGCUUUAGGGGGGGAAGGAGCGCACGGAAUACUGGUGCUCUCUCCGCGGGCUCUGGCACGUUUGGAGGAAAACGGUCGUUCUGGGCUUCUGGCCGCAAGAGGGAUCCCGAAGCUUCUCCGCCUUGCCCCCGAUCCCUCCACCGGCACCGUGCCCGAAGGUCUGUGGACCGGCUCCACGAUCAACACGCCUUCCAUGCUUUGCGUGGAGGAUUACUUGGAUGCCCUGCAAUGGGCGCAGGAAAAAGGCGGCCUGCCGGCUUUGAUUGCCCGGACUCGGGCGAAUCUCGAGGCGGUGGAGGCAUUCGUGGCGAAGAAGCCCUGGCUCUCUUUCUUGGCCUCGAAUCCUCGCAUCCGAUCAUCCACGAGCAUAUGCUUGAGGAUAGAGGGAUUGGAGGAGGCAGGAAGCACUGCAAGGGGAGGAGGCUCACAGGUAAGACACAGACUGAAGGAGAUGGCUGCGUUGAUGGAGAGGGAGGGCGUCGCGUACGACAUCGCCUCCUACCGUGAAGCACCCCCCGGACUGCGGAUAUGGGGGGGACCGACCGUCGAGACGGAAGAUAUCCGAAGAUUGUUGCCAUGGAUCGAAUGGGCAUACGACCGUGUAAAAACAACUAGCGGCUGA